AUGCAUGGGGCUGGGAACGAUUAUGUUUAUGUUGACGCGCGGGGGCAGGAACGGGACUGGCCGGCGCUGUCGGUUGCGAUGAGCGAUCGGCACCUUGGUGUCGGGUCGGACGGGCUGAUACUGGCGCUGCCGUCGGAGAAGGCGGACCUGCGGAUGCGGAUGUUCAACGCGGACGGGUCUGAGGGGGAGAUGUGCGGCAACGGGAUUCGCUGUCUCGUGAGCUUCGCGUUCGACAACGGAAUCGUCGCGGCGGAGAAGUCGCAGGUGCUGGUGGAGACUAUGGCGGGCGUGCUGGAUGUAACGCCGCUGCGUGAUGACGGGCAGGGGAUGGUCGGCGCGCGCGUGCUGAUGGGCGAGCCGCGCCUGAAUCCGCCGGAUGUGCCCGUGGCGAUAGAGGGCAUGGAUGCGGUGAUAGACGAGCCGCUGAAGGUCGCUGGGCAUUCAUUCCGCAUGACCUGCGUGUCGAUGGGUAAUCCGCACGCGGUGGUGUUCAUGGACGAGCCGGUGGACGAGUUCCCGCUGACGGAGAUCGGGCCAAUUGUGGAGCAUCACCCGCUGUUUCCGGCGCGGGUGAACUUCGAGAUAGCGAAUGUGCUGGAUGGCGGCAGGACUAUCAGGACGCGAGUAUGGGAGCGAGGGUCGGGCAUCACGAUGGCGUGCGGCACGGGUGCGUGCGCGGUGCAGGUGGCGGCGCGGCUAAACGGGCUUGCGGGCGACAGGGCGACGAUCGCGCUGCCGGGCGGCGACCUGACGGUCGAGUGGCCGGGCGAGGGCGAGGUCGUGCUGGAGGGGCCGGUAGCGACGGUGUUCGACGGGGAGUGGGUGGAGUAG